UUUGUACGGUCAAGAUCAUUGUUUAAAUAAAGUUAAUAUAUUGAUUGUGCGUAAACCAUAUAAUUCGUUUUCCGCUACUGGGAUUUAAAGUUUCAUUUUGUGUUAGUGGCGGAGGCUUUAAAUUGACAAUUUUGACAGUUUAUUUGCAGAUAUAGCCAUGAAGGAGGUGCUGGUUUGGGCGGUGGUAGGCUUUAUGGUCUCCAGCAUAGCUGCACAAGUCAACGAACAAGUAACGAAUCCAUGUGUGGAGGCCAAGUCGUGCGGCCAGUGCAUCGCAAUCUCCCCCAGGUGUGGCUGGUGUGCAGAUACAAACUAUGAUAAGACGUACAAGGACAGAUGUGACCUGCUCACAAACUUCAAAGAAGAGGGGUGCUCGCCUGCAAACAUAUCAAAUCCACAGAAUAAGCUCUCAUUUGUGACGGACCGACCGGUCCAAGAUGGAUUAGCGGAGGGGGACGCCAUUCAAAUCCAACCCCAGUCAGUGAACAUCAAGAUCAGACCCAAUAAUCCCGAGAAGAUCACGAUGACGUUCCGCCUGGCUGAGAACUACCCCGUGGAUCUCUACUACCUGAUGGACCUCUCAAAUUCCAUGAAGGAUGACAAGGAGAAUCUGGCUGCACUGGGAAAUAAAAUUGCUGCUGAAAUGGUGAACAUCACAAAGAAUUUCCGUCUGGGUUUCGGCUCUUUUGUGGACAAAGUCGUGAUGCCAUACGUAUCAACAGUUCCAUCCAAGUUGCAGAUGCCCUGUGACGGCUGUGAACCACCGUACAGCUACAAGAAUCAGCUGAAACUGGACAGGAACACAAGUCUGUUUGAGGAAUACGUGAAAAAGGCCCGUGUGUCUGGAAAUCUGGACGCGCCAGAAGGAGGCUUCGAUGCCAUCAUGCAGGCAGUGCAGUGCAAGACUCAGAUCGGUUGGCGAGACCAGUCACGUAAGAUGCUUCUUUUUUCCACCGACGCCGGAUUUCAUUUUGCAGGAGAUGGCAAGCUUGGAGGCAUAGUGAAACCCAACGAUGGCUCUUGCCACUUGGACGGGACAGGGAAGUACACAGAGGCAGAAAACCAGGACUAUCCGUCCGUUAGCCAGAUCUCUACGAAGAUCCGCGAAAACAGCAUCAACGUUAUCUUCGCAGUGACAGAAGACCAGCUGAACGUGUAUGAGAAACUCAGCAAGUAUAUUGAGGGCUCCGAGGCCACUAAACUGGCCGCCGAUUCCUCCAACAUCGUACAGGUCAUCAAGAAUAACUACCAGAGAAUCACAUCAAAGGUGGAGAUGAAUACGCAGUUUGCAGAGAACAUCACAGUGAAGUUUAUGAGCAGCUGUAAAACUGGUGGUGAAAAGAUAGAGACAAAGUCCUGUGAGGGGCUCUCUAUCGGUGACAGCGUUACGUUCGACAUCUACGUGUCAGUGUCAGACUGCCCGGCCGAGGUCAGCAAACGCAGCCGAACGUUCUCCAUCUACCCCGUCGGUCUGUCCGAAAAACUGGAGAUCAGCCUUGACCUCAUCUGCGAAUGUGACUGCGAAAAACCGGAUAAAGAGCAAUCUAAGAGUCCUUUGUGUAACGGCAACGGUACAUUCGAGUGUGGACAGUGCACGUGCGACCAGGGACGAUACGGCAAGAAGUGUGAAUGUGAUGGGUCACAGAGCACCAGCGACGAGUCCAUAGCACUAUGUAGAAACCCCAACUCUACGAGCCAGGUGGUGUGUUCAGGGCGAGGGGAGUGUGUGUGUGGGCGGUGCGAGUGUCUGCCCAGGCGGGCACACUCGGCCCAGAAGUACAGCGGAGAGUUCUGCAACUGCGACGACUACUCCUGCAGUUACCAUGACAACCAGCUGUGUGGAGGUCAUGGCCGCUGUGACUGUGGUACGUGCAAGUGUGACGAGGGAUACGAAGGGGACUCCUGCAGCUGUCCCAAAUCCAAGGAGACCUGCUUCACCUCCAAGGGGCUGGAAUGUAACGGAGUGGGUGUCUGCGAGUGUGGUGUCUGUAAGUGUAACGCUACCAGCGACUACAAAGGCCCAACUUGUGAGGAGUGCCCUACCUGUCCCGGUAAAUGCGAGGAGAACAAGAACUGCGCCCUGUGUAUGGGGUUCCAGACGGGGAAGUACACGGCUGAAGAUUGCAAGAAAUAUUGUCAGCAUGUCACACUGGUGGACGAGAUAAACGAGGAGGAAGUGAAACAGAGGGACGACCUGAACCUGUGCCAGUUCAGUGAUGAUGAGGACGACUGCAGGUACUUCUUUACCUACAAGUACGUGGAGAACAACAAUGUGGAGGUGCAGGUCCAGAAGACAAAAGUGUGCCCCGAGUCAGUCAACAUUCUGGCGAUAGUUCUGGGCACCAUUGGAGGUAUAGUGUUCUUUGGCCUUGUUCUUCUUGUGAUCUGGAAGAUCUACACGACCAUCCAUGACCAGCGUGAGUUCGCCAAGUUCGAAAAGGAGACACAGAACGCCAAGUGGGACACUGAAGGAAACCCACUUUACAACCCUGCAACAUCCUCGUUUGUCAAUCCUGCUUUUGACAACACCACCAAAACUGAUGCUCCCAGCAACCAGAAAAUCUAGAAUAGAUGUUUAGGGGAGAAUCCCAUUUACCAACAGGCAACCUCAACUUUCAAAAAUCCAACAUAUGCCGGAAAAUAGUUCAUCAAUCUUCUAUGAACACCAUCAGCUCUACUUCUGUUGCUUAUUGACAUCUAGACAAUAAUGAAAGUCAGCUGGACAACAGGCGUAUUGAGGGACUUUGAAAAAAAUAAUCACAAUUCAUUUAUUCAAACACAGAUUUGAACAUGCAUGUGUUUUCUCAAAAAAGCGGUUUUGAAUCUCGAUUGUUUACUUGUUAGUCACACAUUAACAAUGUGUUAUUCCUUUUUCCAUUUUAUGUUCUCUCCUUUGUUUUUCUAUUUAAUGGCGUUGGCAUAAUUAGCUUUAUGGUAUAAAAUAAAAUAUGAACAACUUUUCAUUGAAUUAUAGAGACAUUAAGAUAUUGUUGUAAUAAUGUAUUGUAAAAGGUGGUGAUUUAUUAAUCAAAACCCAUAUUCUAGAAGCUAUUGAUGUAAUGUGAAUUUUAAAUAACAGUUAACUGAAAACAGUUGUAAAAUAGGAGACAAUUUACACCAACCAAUUUAAUAUAAAUAUUAUUUUCUUGUUAAACAAUUAACAUGUAUAUUGUACAGCAAAAUAUUGCUUUCUAAAUCUAUUGUGUUCAUUUUUUGUAGUGUGCAUUUUAUAAUUAUUCAAUUAAAUAUUUCUUAAUCAA